AAGGAUUGAGAAGUCAGCUGAAAGCGCCAUUUGGUUUUAUUGGUGACCCGUAGUUUUCCUCUUCCUAUUCCAGCUUUUGCUUGGACCCACCACCCCGACUGCUUUAGAAUCUGAAGCCGCUGCGCUUCCCAACUUGAACUGUCAGCAGACACCUGUUAAGGCGGUUGCUCAUCGUGGGCUUCAAGAAUCUGAACUCUCUUUCCCUUCGUGUGGGAGCGCAGCCACCGCCCACUUUGAGUCGCAUCAGCGCCCUGCGUUCCAGCCCUGGACCCAGGUGCCUGGAGUUGACACUCGCGCAAUUGUGCGGGAGCUUUGCCCAGUUUCUGCACAGGUCUGGCGUGCCACUUUUGCUCCUACAAGCAAAGAAAAGGAAGAACUUCUGCCUCCCAAGUCCGCCUCCCGCCAGCUGGAGAUCUCCUGCCUGCCGCGCCAGGGACCACAGCCCCUCUCCCGCGCAGCUGGGUCUGUCCUCCAGCCUUCGCCCUGACCCCUCUCUUUUCCGGAGCGGAUUGGGGGAAUACAGACCCGCAUCCGGGGGUCCAUCCUCACCAGGUCAUCGCUCACGGAACUGAGGAGCAGAGAGCAAGGCGAGGGGUUCGUGGAAAGGAAAGGGGGUAGACGUGCUACAAACGUUUCUGAAGAGUAUCAAAUUUGAGGGUUGCCCGUGGGCAGUGACAGUGGCAGUUGGCAGGCGGUGGUAGGGACCCGCGAGGGGCGCCGUGCUGAGUAGGCUCUUGCUGCAAAGGCUUCCAAGCCCAGGAGGCAGCGGAGAGGCGGUGGUUGCUUGUUCCUUGCUGCCUCGCCACGCAAACUUCCCUUCUACUCUUCUUCCCUGCGGGACCAUCGGCCUCCACCUCCGCACCGGUUUCUUUGUCUCCGAGGAGGGGAUUCACAUCUUCUCCGUCCUUGCCACCACCUCCUCUGCAGCCUCCCAUCCCCGCCGGCUCACCCGGGCCGCUCAGUGCAGCGCUGUGCCCCGGAGCGCACUUGGCCACAGGCGUUGCGCCAGCCUGGCAGCGACCUCCACCGCUGGCGCGACGCUGCGUGCCGGGCUGCCCUGCACCAUCCGAGCAGACUGAACUGGACUUGCGUUUGGGGACCUUCCAGUGCCUUCUCCGGGUCGGCAGCUGGAUAAUCAUCAUUCUGACGGACUGCACACGUCUUGCUUGCGCGCCUAAGCAGAAACGCGAGGGCUGGGUCAGUAAGUAUUCUUCUGCUACAUGCUGAAAAUGGGCCCACUAGGUGCAGAGGCUGAUGAGAACCAGACAGUGGAAGAAAUGCACAUGGAGCAUUAUGGUCCAGAGCAGACCACCGCUAGAAGUGAGGCGGCCCCUGACUCUGAGCCCGAGCUUAUAGACAGCACCAAGCUGAUUGAGGUACAGAUUAUCCUCAUAUUGGCCUAUUGCUCCAUCAUCUUGCUUGGGGUGAUUGGCAACUCCUUGGUGAUCCAUGUGGUGAUCAAAUUCAAGAGCAUGCACACAGUAACCAACUUUUUCAUUGCUAAUCUGGCUGUGGCAGAUCUUCUGGUGAACACCCUGUGCUUGCCAUUCACUCUUACCUACACUUUAAUGGGAGAGUGGAAAAUGGGUCCUGUCUUAUGCCACCUGGUACCCUAUGCCCAGGCCCUGGCAGUACAAGUGUCCACAAUCACCUUGACAGUAAUUGCCCUGAACCGACAUCGUUGCAUCGUCUACCAUCUGGAGAGCAAGAUCUCCAAGCGAAUCAGCUUCCUUAUUAUUGGCUUGGCCUGGGGCAUCAGUGCCCUCCUAGCAAGCCCUCUGGCCAUCUUCCGUGAGUAUUCACUAAUUGAGAUUAUUCCUGACUUUGCAAUUGUGGCCUGUACGGAGAAGUGGCCUGGUGAGGGGAAGAGUGUAUACGGCACCGUCUACAGUCUUUCUUCCUUGUUAAUCCUGUAUGUUUUGCCUCUUGGCAUCAUUUCAUUUUCCUACACUCGUAUCUGGAGUAAACUUAAGAACCAUGUCAGCCCUGGCACUGCUAAUGAUCACUACCAUCAGCGAAGGCAAAAGACCACCAAAAUGCUGGUGUGCGUGGUGGUGGUGUUUGCGGUCAGCUGGUUGCCUCUCCAUGCUUUCCAACUUGCUGUCGACAUUGACAAUCAAGUCCUGGACCUGAGGGAGUACAAACUCCUCUUCACCGUGUUCCACAUCAUUGCCAUGUGCUCCACCUUUGCCAACCCCCUUCUCUACGGCUGGAUGAACAGCAACUACAGGAAAGCUUUCCUCUCCGCCUUCCGCUGUGAACGGAGGUUGGACACCAUUCACUCUGAGGUGCCUGUGACUUUCCAGGCCAAAAAGAACCUGGAAGUCAAAAAGCAUCAUGGCUCUUUUGCAGAGGCAACCAACGUCUAAGGACGCUCUGGUGUGAAAAUGUAUGGAUGAAUUUUGACCAGAGCUACAAAUCUGGUUGCAGAGAGCUUCCAGGUGCAUCCUGAUUUCCCAUUUUAAGGAAGAAAAUGAGCAUCUGAAUGGAAGUACCCUCGGUGUCAUUCAUGGGAACCUCAGCAGAAGCAAGGUAGAAGCACGCACAUUUGAAGAUAGGGCGACAAAACGGUCAUGCACAGUUGCUUGGCUGAUAGGUUGGACUAGGAGUAAAAACAGAGAGCAAUGCUUAUGACUGUUGUCCUGAGUAAAGGAAACCUGAACAAGGAAUUAGAGUAACAGCAUCACUAAGAGGUGGUGGCUAAAUAAUUUGACUUUCAGAUCAGAUCAGGGAGUAGAAUGGGGAUGAUAUAUGAUUGACUGCUCCCCCAUCUGAUGAAAAGAUGACCAAACACCAGUUUUUUAGAGAGCUACAGGUUCUCCUUUAUUAUACUUGUUUUUUUUUAUGAAUCUUUCUAUAAAUUAGGAAUCCACCAGGAAACACUGCAGGUAAAUGUUACCAUGCAUUUGCAUGACUUCAAGGAAGUAAACUGAAAUUUGCCAUAUAAUUAGUAUUUUGGCAAAUAAUGGGGAAAAUCCUUAAUACUCAGCUGAUUGUUCUUUUUUU